UUUUUUGUUAUUUUUUUUUUUUUGUUAUUUUUAAAUCGAAGGAGGAAGUUUGAACAUGCAAACAUUGUUCACUAGUUUAGAUGAUUUAAACUACUCAAUAAUAAAAUUAGAAUACUCUAUAUAGUUGGUUUAAAGUUUCAUUAAAUAGUCUAAAAGUAAUAUGGAAACUGUACAAAACAGUGAUUACGAUUGCCAUGGGGAUUCCGUUAUGUACUCUUCCGACGCGUUGGAAAUGACUGCCUCUGAUGUCAACCGAGAACGUUUAGAUCAUACCAAUGAAGCUAGACUGACAGUAGAUAAUGGCAGUGUUCUAGAAGCACGAAACAAGUUAUUCAAAAAACGGAUUGGUGUAGCUGUCAUAGCAACAUUGAUAGCAUUAUUUGUUAUUGCAGUCCCAAUUAUGGUUUAUGUUUUUGUAACUUUGGAAAAAGAAGACAUUGAUGACUGUAUCCAGGGUGUCUGUGGAUCGCAUGGUACAUGUGUUGAUGGUCUGGACAGUUACUCAUGUUCGUGUAAAUCUGGAUUCCGUGGGAUGCAUUGCGAAACAAACAUUGAUGACUGUAUCCAGGGUGUCUGUGGAUCGCAUGGUACAUGUGUUGAUGGUCUGGACAGUUACUCAUGUUCGUGUAAAUCUGGAUUCCGUGGGAUGCACUGCGAAACAAACAUUGAUGACUGUAUCCAGGGUGUCUGUGGAUCGCAUGGUACAUGUGUUGAUGGUCUGGACAGUUACUCAUGUUCGUGUAAAUCUGGAUUCCGUGGGAUGCACUGCGAAACAAACAUUGACGACUGUAUUCCGGAUGUCUGUGGAUCACAUGGUACUUGUGUUGAUGGUGUCGACAGUUACUCAUGUUCUUGUAUAACUGGAUACAGCGGGGUUCCCUGCGAAACAAAUCAUACGGACUGCUAUGAUGUAAUCAGCAAACAAAACAAUUCUGAAAGCGGGGUGUAUUCAGUAACGUUGUGGCAGUCCAGGCAAACGAUAAAUGUAUUUUGCGAUAUGAAAACUGAUAACGGCGGCUGGACAGUUUUCCAAUAUCGCUUUAAUGGGAGUGUUGAUUUCUACAGGAAUUUCAAGGAAUAUGAGAAUGGGUUCGGUAAUUUUGAAACAGAAUUUUGGCUAGGUCUAAAAAGUGUCCAGGAAAUGGCAUAUCAAGGUAAAACUGAAUUAAGACUGGAUCUAACGGCGGCUGAUGGCACAACUGCUUAUGAAACUUUCCAGAAUUUUUACCUUGACGAGGAUCCAUACUAUACUCUGCACAUUGAUCGAGGACAGGGUACAGCAGGUGAUACCCGAGGGUUGUCGUAUAAUAAUGGUUACCAUUUCACAACUUACGACGCUGACCGUGAUGGAUCUUGGGCAAAUUGCGCUGCCGAUCGCAGUGGCGGAUGGUGGUACAACACCUGCGCCUGGGCCAAUCUGAAUGGAGAAUAUGUAACACCAGGAACAAAACGACCAUUAAAUGCAGAAGGUGGAAUGAUCUACUAUGAUUUCCAAGAAUACAGAUCGCUUAAAGCCGUUAAAAUGAUGUUCCGACGUGUUUGAAAUUCAGGCGGCUGAAAUUUCUUUAAGAAAGCAGUUUUCAUUUCAAAAUCUUACAGGAAGUUAACACGUGGUUAUUCAUGACGUAUAUUAAACGCAAAUAAAAGAACACCUUAUCUUUAAGUUUAGAAGAGAAUGUUUUGGUAUUUAUUUCCUUGAUUUAACGUGCAUGAAACCUCUAUAUAACAUUAUUUUACUUUAUUCUGCAAAAUAAUAUCUUGCAUUAGCAGUAACGUUAUCAUGAUCACAUUUCAUAUUAAUGGGAAAAAUACUGAAAAAUUAAUGUUACUUUUGUAGGUAUUGUUUAAUGACUACAAAAUAGAUGCAAGCAUUAGAUUCUAGACUUCUGAUUUACCGAAUAAAUACAGACAGUGUAUUUAAAUCAUAUAUUAAAAUUAUACUCAGCGUAAAUAAAAACUACUAAUGUGCCCUAAACUUAUCAUUUUUUACAACGGUAUCCCAAUUUAUGGCACUGUCAUAUUUUAGUUGUAGCCUUAUGACUUCAUGUGUUAGCUUUUUUUUAAAAGCUGUACCCUUACAUGUUUAGAGUGUUCUUGUUUACAAGAUGAUGUUUAAA